AUGAUUAUGCCAAAUCUCCCGCACAUGCAACCAUCGGUCGCCGAGAGCUCGCACGGGCGAUACUACAUCUACAGUCUUGUUGCGCUGCUUGUAUUUGUUGUCGUCAAGUAUGUCUAUCAGAUCUUGGCUUCGCCACUUCGAAGUGUGCCUGGCCCCGCUCUCGCUCGCUUCACACGUCUCUGGGAGAUCCAGGCUGUGCGCAAGCACGAUAUUUCAACCUUGAAUAUUGCGCUACACGAAAAAUAUGGUCCGAUCGUACGUCUUGCACCAAAUCGGUACAGCAUAAAUGACGGAGAAGCCGCAAAGGUGAUCCUUGGACACCACGGUGCUCUCGACAAGUCACAAUUCUAUCAUCCGUUCGGCCAACCGGAUGAGUACAACCUUUUCUCCGAGCCGAGCAUAGCCAUUCAUGCCGAUACCAGACGUCCGCUUGCGCGACUAUAUUCACAAACAACUCUCCUCUCCUAUGAGCCUUUUGUCGACACUUGCAACACAAUCUUGCUGAAGAGACUAGAGGAGCAUGCUCAAGAUGGGAAGGCCCUCGAUGUUAGGGAGCUUAUGCAAUACUACGCUUUCGACGUCAUCGGCGAAAUCACAGUUGGAUCACGAUUUGGGUUGAUGGAAGACGGUGGCGAUAAAUCUGGAAUCGUUGAGGCUAUCGACGAGGCUAUGAGUUAUGCGUCAAUCAUAGGGCUUAUUCCUGAAUGGCAUUGGUGGAUCAGUAUGGUGAUGGAAAAGCUUCGGCUCGAACCCAGCUUUAGGAGGAUUAAUGACUUCGUGGACUUUCACGUCAAUAGUCGCGUCUUGGGACGCACUAAAUCACCCGAAGACCGCAGCGACUUCCUUGCCAAGAUGCUGCCCAUGGAACAGGAAGGCAAGGCGACACGCUACCAUACUCGCCAAGCUGCCUCUCAAAAUAUCGCAGCGGGGUCAGACACGACUGCUAUCUCACUUUCUGCUGUCAUCGCAUACCUGGCCAUGUAUCCUAAUACGCUCGCCGCUCUCCGCUACGAACUCGACGAAGCCACGGCGAACGGUACCCUCUCAGACCCAGCGACCUUCCAAGAAGCCCAAAGACUUCCCUAUCUUCAAGCCGUCAUCAUGGAAGCCUUACGUGUUCAUCCCGCUGUCGGUGCGCCGUUGACUCGCGUCGUCGGUCCCCAGGGCCUCACAGUCGCAGGCCAAUUUUUCCCACCUGGCACCGAAGUCGGGGUCAACGCAUGGGUAAUCCACAAUAACAAGUCGAUCUUCGGGCCCGAUGCGCAGUUUUUCCGUCCUGAGCGUUGGAUCACGAAAAACAAAGAGGAGCGUGCGGUGCUGGAUCGCAACUUCUUAGCGUUUGGCGCUGGGCCGCGGACGUGUAUCGGUAAGAAUAUUAGUUUGUUGGAAAUGAGCAAGGUCAUUCCACAGAUUGUCAGAAAGUACGAUUUCCAAAUCCUAUCCAAUGCGGAGGGCGAGAGGUAUACGUGGAAGACGAGGUGGUUCGCGAAGCCUAGCUUCAAUGCUGUUGUUAGGAGGCGGGCACUAAAGGAAAAUUGAGUAGCUCGAU